AUGAAUCCCCGGCCAAAGCUCAGAUCGCCGCCGCUCGCCUCUGCCUCUUUCCCUUCUCCGCCUCCAUCGCCGCCGCCCCACAACAGCACUAAAGCAAUCUCUUUGAAGAUGCCCCGCAAAACCCUCCUGAGACCCACCAUCGCCGUCGCUUUCCUCCUGGCCCUCCUAACCCUAUACUCCUUCCUCUUCUACAACCCUCCCAGUUACACCACAAACGCCUCAAUUCACUUAGGCGACAAUCACAAAUUCUCUUCUCCCGACGAUGAUGAUAGUAACAAUAGAAAGGUGAGGGUGUAUAUGUACGAUUUGCCGAGGAGGUUCACUUACGGAGUGAUCGAGAGCUAUGCGGCGGCGCGUGGGGGGCUGGCUGUGGGGGACGACUCGCAGCUCAAGUACCCUGGGAAUCAGCACUCCGCCGAGUGGUACUUAUUCUCCGACUUGAAUCGUCCUGUUGGGGAGCCGGUUGGGUCGGCCGUGACUCGGGUCAUGGACCCUGAAGAAGCAGACCUUUUCUACGUGCCCUUUUUCUCUUCAUUGAGUCUCGUGGUGAAUCCGAUCCGGCCCGUUUCGAAUUUCUCUCAUGAGGGCACUGUUUACAAUGAUGAGCAGACCCAGGAAGAUUUGAUGGAAUGGCUGGAAGAACAAGUGUAUUGGAAGAGGAAUAAUGGGUGGGAUCAUGUUUUUAUAUGUCAAGAUCCAAAUGCACUGUAUAAAGUCAUUGAUAGAGUGAAGAAUGGGGUGCUAUUAGUUUCUGAUUUUGGGAGGUUAGCCAGUAAUCAAGCAUCCUUAGUGAAGGACGUGAUUUUGCCUUAUUCGCACCGGAUUAAUACAUAUAAGGGCGAUGUUGGAUUGGAGAAUCGUAACUCCCUGCUCUUCUUUAUGGGAAAUCGGUACCGCAAAGAGGGCGGUAAAAUUCGGGAUUUGCUUUUCCAAGUGCUUGAGAAUGAAAAUGAUGUCAUAAUCAAGCAUGGGGCUCAGUCUCGGGAGAGUCGUCGAGCGGCAACACAAGGAAUGCACACGUCGCGAUUUUGUUUACAUCCAGCUGGCGAUACUCCAUCAGCUUGUCGACUUUUUGAUGCUAUUGUGAGUUUAUGUGUUCCGGUUAUAGUGAGCGACUACAUUGAGUUGCCUUUUGAAGAUGUCAUUGACUACCGAAAGAUUGCCAUCUUCGUUGAUACAAACACUGCCACUAAACCGAGAUAUUUGGUAGAAUUGCUCAGAAGUGUGAGUCCGGAGAAGAUAUUGGAAUUCCAGAAUGAACUGAAAAAGGUGGUGAGAUACUUUGAGUACGAGGAUCCAAAUGGGACAGUGAAAGAAAUAUGGCGACAAGUUGCUUCAAAGCUGCCUCUUAUUAAACUUAUGAGUAACCGUGACAAGCGCAUUGUGGUUCGAGAGUUAGCCGAACAAGACUGUUCUUGCCUCUGCUCGAACCAGUCUGGUCUACACACGACCCUGUGA